CCGGGACAAAAGCAAAACAGUGCAGUCAGCAGCAGUCACCUGAUUUUACAAUUUUGUCAACUUUUCGCUCUCUUCGUAAAUAAAUCUUAAUAAUGAGUGGCAAAGAUACGAUUGCUGUGUUUCCUUCUCGAAUGGCCAUGACCCUGAUGAAGGGUCGUCUGAAGGCCGCCCAGAAAGGACACGGCCUGCUCAAGAGGAAGGCCGAUGCUCUGCAAAUGAGGUUCAGGCAAAUUUUGAAAAAAAUCGUCGAUACCAAGUCCCUGAUGGGGGAUGUGAUGAAGGAGGCCGCCUUCUCUCUGGCGGAGGCCAAGUUCACCACCGGUGAUUUCAACCACAUUGUCCUCCAGAAUGUCACCAAAGCCCAGAUCAAGGUGCGGAGCAAGAAAGACAACGUCGCCGGUGUCAAUCUCCCAGUUUUCGAGAGCUUCCAGAACGGAGUCGAUACUUACGAGUUGGCGGGCCUGGCCAGGGGUGGCCAGCAGUUGGCGAAGCUGAAGAAGAACUUUGCCAAAGCGGUGCAUUUGCUGGUGGACUUGGCGUCGCUACAGACGUCCUUCAUCACCUUGGACGAAGUCAUCAAGGUCACCAAUCGCAGAGUGAAUGCCCUCGAGCAUGUUGUGAUUCCCAAGAUUGAGAGGACCAUCGCAUAUAUCACUUCCGAGCUGGACGAGAGAGAAAGAGAAGAAUUUUAUAGGUUAAAGAAAAUUCAAGGCAAGAAGAAGGUGAUGCGAGACGAAAACGAAAAACGCAAGGAAGCCCUCAAGGCAGCUGGGGUGGAAGUAGACUCUGCCCCCAACAUACUCGAAGGGGACAACGACGAAGAUCUGCUGUUUUGAGUUUAAGAAGCAUUCGUAAUCAGCCCAUCGGGUGAUAUAUAAUCGAGAAAACUAUUUGAAAUAUUCCAGUGUUCAAUUCCUAUAAUCGAAUAAUGAAUUACACUU